GUGCGCCUGCCCAGCCCCGCCCCUUUUACCCAGCAGCCCGUGCUCCAGCCGGUGGCGCGUGUUUGUGUCCCCACCGACGGACGGACGGGAGACGGAGGUUCCUUCGCUGCGAUGAGUUUGCCGUUGAAUCCAAAACCUUUCCUCAAUGGGCUGACCGGCAAGCCGGUGAUGGUGAAGCUGAAGUGGGGCAUGGAGUACAAGGGAUACCUGGUGUCAGUCGAUGGCUACAUGAACAUGCAGUUGGCAAAUACAGAAGAAUAUAUUGAUGGUGCUCUAGCAGGUCAUCUAGGAGAAGUCCUUAUAAGGUGUAACAAUGUAUUAUACAUCAGAGGAGUUGAAGAGGAAGAAGAAGAUGGAGAAAUGAGAGAAUGAUUUAGCUUAUUUUUUUAGAUAACCGUGUGUACAAGUUUUGAAUACUUUUAUAUUGGUAUAAAAGAUCCCACUUCUAGUUCCCCCAGGCCACCUCAUCAAGCAAAAUGUAUUUUCCUCGAUUACACAAGACAAGAAGCUAAUUUAAUUGUAGAUGCAUGUGUUUUGUUUGGCUGUAUGUUAAAAUGUGAAUUCUGUUGGGUCCUUGACCAAUAAACAUUCUCAG